AUGUUAACAAUGUCAUCGAACCAUCAAUUCAAUAAUUCAUGGAAUCGAUCAAAAAUUCAAUUAUGUCUAACUAAUUCAAGUCUAACUACACAAAAUAUUACACCAAAAAUGCAAACAAUGGUUACUUAUCAUCAUCAUCAUCAUCAUCAUGUAAAUGUUAAACGUUGUCUAUCAAAAGAGACAGCAUCAAUAAUAACAAUUGAGAAAAAACAAAAAAUUUCAGUUGAAUCUCGAAAUUUUGUUCUUGUUUGUGGUCAAAAUAUUUGUGGUCAACUUGGUUUAUCAAUAACAAUUAUCGAACGACGUAAACCACAAUAUUUAAAAAUUUUCAAUAAACUUAAUAAAGAUGAAAAUAUUCAAUAUAUAUGCGCAGGUGGUAUGCAUUCAUGUGCAUUAACCAUAACUGGUUAUGUCUAUACAUGGGGUUGCAAUGAUGACGGAGCCUUGGGUCGAAUAACAGAUGAUAUUAAUGAUGAAUACAUUCCUGAUUUAUUGGUAUUACCUGAAGAAAUCAAAAAUCUUUGUGCGGGUGAUACAUUUACUGUUGCUUUAGCCAAAUCUGGCCGAGCUUAUAUAAGUGGUUGUUUUCGAUGUAGUGAAGGUUUACUUGGUUUAUUUGAAUAUAAACAAAUAACACAACAAUCAAUUGUUAUUCCAUUAAAUCAAUCGAUUCAACAGAUUGCAUGUGGCGCUGAUUUUUGUCUUUUACUAACAGAAAAUGGUGAUCUCUAUUCAUUUGGAAAUAAUGAAACAGGUCAAUUAGGUCGUGAUGUUCAUCUAGAUCCUAAAGAAAAUUCUUCAAUAUGGUUGCGACCUUCUGAAAUUCCUUGUUUUAAAGGACAACAUAUAUUAAAUAUUUGGGCUGGUGGACAUGGCUUUUUUGUUUUAACACAAAAUUCAACUAUUCAUCUUUUUUCUUGUGGUGCUAAUAGUUUUGGUCAAUUAGGUCAUUCAUCAAAACAACCAAUUUAUUUACCAAUUGAAAUCAAAGAAAUUUCAUUCGUAGAUAAAAUUAUAAAAGUAUCUUGUGGUCUUCAACAUACACUUAUACUUGAUUCAAUGGGAUAUGUUUAUGGACUUGGUAGAAGUGAUGAUGGUCGUUUAGGUAAUAAUCUUAAUAAUGAUAUAAUUAUGCCUAAACAAAUUGAUAAUCUAACAAAUAUUAUUGAUAUUGCUGCUGGUGGUAGUGUUUCAUUUGUUAUUAAUAACUAUGGAGAAAUCUAUUCAUUUGGUAUGGGUGAUACAUGUCAAAUAGGUCACGGAAAUGAAGAUAUUUUUGUACCAACUUUAAUCAAAAGUAAACAAUUAGAACAACGAAAAAUUCAACAAAUAUCAGUCGGUGCUCAACAUACACUUUUUCUUGUUAAAGAAGAUUAA